AUGGUGGAAAGAGUUCUAUGGUUACCAUUGUGUGCCUAUCUCUGUGGUUGUAACUAUAUUUCUCUCUUUUCAGGACUCUGAUUGUUGGUCUUCUUGUGAGUUACUGAGAAUUUGGUUGGCUGACCCAGAACAGCUAUGCGCGGAUAUGAAAGAGAUGAGUAUGAAGAGCAUGAAGAUUUGGAUGAAUAUGAGGAGGAAGGUGAAGAGCAAGAACAAUACGAGGGUGGUGAAGAGGAAUACGAGGAGGAAGAAAUUCAGCAGCCUCCAGAAGAGUUGUUGGAGUACCUGGAGCUGAGACAACGACUGAAAGAAGAUAUCAGGAAGCAGAGGCAGAAAGAAUUAGGUUCUGCUAAUGGCCUUUCUCGUGAAAUUAAGAAGGCGUUGCCAAGGGACAAUUAUGGUUCCUUCUUUGGGCCUUCAGAGCCUGUAAUCGCUCAAAGAGUAAUCCAAGAAAGCAAGUCGCUGUUGGAGAAUCCAAACUUGGCAGCGAAAGUCAUGACAUCAAACCAUGAUAACGAUCAGAGCUCUGCAACAAAACACGCAGGAUCAAAAUCUGGUACCAGCAGCAAUGCACCAAAAAUCACUAAUAAGUUGAAAACAAAGGUGCAGAUAUUAAAAAGUACAAGAGAUUACUCAUUUUUAUUAUCUGAUGAUACUGAACUUCCUGCUCCAUCAAGAGGUUCCUUACCUCAUAAAGCCUCUGCCACUAAUUCUGACGCGCGAGUAGCGUUACCACCAAGCAGCAAUCAUUCUUCAAGAAAUACAGGGAGAAAGCUGCUAAAUGAUCGUGAAGUGCGGAAGCCUAUACCUGGAAGCAGCCAAAUGCAACCGAAACUGUUGAAUCGGAAAGCAGUUUCUGUUAGUAAGCAAACUCAACUAGCAUUAGAUUCCAGGAAACAACUGGGUAGCAGUAAAGGGAGUGGGUCUGGCAGGCCUUUGGGGCUAAAAGCAGUGCCUCCCAAAGUUAUAGGUGGGCCAAACGGCAAGAGGGUUUUGACACCAGGUGUCAAGAGCACUGUGCCUGCUUUGCAUAAGCCAACACUUUCAAAGUUGCAACCUUCUAUUCCAAGGCAACCCUUGGUACAGAAAAAGGAAAUACUACAAUCUGGAAAGUCAAAGGUGAUGCCAAAACAAGCUGAGCCUUCAGACAGACCUAAGCCGAUUUUGCAGAAACAGGCAGGGCCAUUGUCCAAACUGCCUCCAAAAAAUGCAACUCGUUCUUUGGAAGAUAGGCGCCCAGCAAGAAAACCAGUGAGACCUGAUGAAGAAGGUGAUGGAGCAGAAGCUAUUAGUAUGAUUAGGAGGAUGUUUGGGUAUAAUCCCAACAGAUAUCGGGAUGAUGAUGAUACUAGUGAUAUGGAGGCUAAUUUUGAUGACAUACUGAGGGAAGAAAAACUAAGUGCGAAGAUAGCAAAGGAAGAAGACGAAGAAGAACUGUGGAAGAUAGAAGAAGAAGAAAGGAGGGAGCGCCUGAGAAAACAGGCAAAGAAGCGCAAGUUGAGCCAUCAAUGACGGCAAAGAUGUUUUCCCUUGCUUAAUAGAUAGAGCUAUAGAGGUUUUCACAUUUUCUUGGCAAGUAAAGGGGGCUGUGGGGAGUUUGUACAGGAAUAUCUGAGUCCCCCCUUAAUUUACCAGUUGAUUUGUAUCUAUUGGUUGUAUUGAGCGUUGGCACUCAUUGCCCAUGCAGUUGUAACUGAAAUUUUUCAAUCAUUUUGCAGCUGUGAUAAUUUAAUGUCCCUGUUUACCAAGCCAAAUCUGAGAAAAUUCUCAAGUCCAUGGGUACCCAUUGAGUUAUUUGCUACAAUAUAUAUGCCAUAACCUACUAUGUGCUGAUUUGGAUUA